AUGCAGGAUGUCCACAAGCGCCUCCACAAGAUGAAGAUGCUACACGGCAACGAUGUUGACGCUGUGCCCUUUGUUGCGGCCGACAUUGCCCAGCAGGGAAGCGUUCUCUGCUUCGACGAGUUCCAGUGCACCGACGUCGCCGACGCCAUGAUUCUUCGCCGCCUGCUGGAGGCUCUCAUGUCCCACGGUGUUGUUCUUGUUACGACCUCCAACCGACACCCCAGCGAGCUCUACAUGAACGGUAUCCAGCGCGAGUCCUUCAUCCCCGCCAUCGAACUGCUCAAGAACCGGCUACACGUCAUCAACCUGAACUCGAACACCGAUUACCGCAAGAUCCCCCGCCCUCCUUCCGGCGUUUACCACACCGCGCUCGACGCCCAUGCGACCUCCCACGCCCAGAAGUGGUUCCACUUCUUGGGCGAUCCCGAAUCACCCGAACCGCAUCCUGAGGUGCAAACUGUCUGGGGCCGCGAGAUCCACGUCCCUCGUGUCAGCGGCCGUUGCGCCUGGUUCACCUUCGACGAGCUAAUCGGCCAGCCGACGGGUGCCGCCGACUACAUUGAGCUGAUGCGCUCUUACGACGCCUUCAUUGUCACCGAUAUUCCCGGCAUGACCUACCGUCAGCGCGAUCUGGCCCGCCGCUUCAUCACAUUUAUCGAUGCCGUAUACGAGUCGCACGCCAAGCUCGUCCUUACGACUGCCGUGCCCCUAACAGAACUGUUCGUUUCCCGGCAAGAAAUCGAGGAGUCGCUCAAGAAGCAGGGCAAGACCUUGGACCCUGCGGGGUCCGUCGAAGAUGUGAUGAGCCACAUGAUGGACGAUCUCGAGCAGAACGCCGAGAAGCUGUCCAAGUCCAACUUGUUCACCGGUGACGAGGAAGCCUUCGCGUUUGCGCGUGCCCUCUCGCGUUUGACUGAGAUGGGCAGCAAGAUGUGGGUCGAGCGUGGUAUGGGUUUGGAGAACAAGGGUGGGAAGCCCGAGCGUGACAGCUGGGCGAAGACGAGGAGCAGGCAGAUGGAAGACAGCAUGUAA